AUGUCAUGGGCGACAGCUUCGUCCUUGAGCAAGAACAGUUUGUACGCACACCUCGUGAGUGCCCAGAAGCUCCGUGAAGCCCGCGAGAGAGCGUCACAGUCCAAGGGUGAUGACGACAGCGACACGGCAGCUGGCAACAAGACCCCUGAAGAGAGCAUUGAGAAGCAGGCAGAGGAGGAGAUCCCACUUGGUCGCUCGCAGAUGGGCACGUGCUUGCUUGCUUUGGAGAUCCUCAAGCAUCACGACCAGAGAAAGGAGACGAACAAGGCACAGAAGUACUCAUUCUUCUACCUAUUCAAGUGCAUGGGCAGAAUCAGCCGAGGGAUGUGGCCCCAGUACCUCAUAGGGUUUAUUGUGGCAUUCUUGAUUGGCUCUGUCUAUCUUUCCUUUGGUCUCAUCUUCGACAAGGACUAG